AUGUGCGAAGACGAGUUUGGAACUGUCCUCCCCCUGGACGAGACGCCAGUUCCACGGCCCGUCUUCAUGGGCCCCUGGUUCGAGGACGUCGACUCGCCGCUGCAUAGUGGGGCGUCCGGUGUCGAGGUGCUGCAGCUGCAAAAGGCGCUCACACGCCUUGGUUAUCUUGCAGAGGAUCCCAACUUCGCCUCUGGGGUCUUCGAUGAGACCACCGCAGAGGCCGUGAAGGAGUUCCAGCGAUUUAGCGGCCUCACUCAGGAUGGCAUCGUGGGUCCUGUGACCAAAGCUCAACUGACCGCGCAGCGCUUCGACAAGAUGCCAGACGUCAACCUUGGAGGUAGCCCCUUCAAGGACGGGAAGCUGACGUAUGCGGUUGGCUUGCUGCCGGGUUACCUGGAGCGCUACCGGGCGGACUGCCUCCGCGAGAUGCACGAGGCCCUGGCUCAGUGGUGCACUGCGCUAGGUAUGGAGCUGAAAAGGACGAGCCAUCUGCAAGCUCGUCUCCACAUCGUCUUCCAGCCAUUGGCAAUGGCUGGUGCUGAGCCGGAACCCGGCGGGGCACUCGCGGAGGCGACGGCGAAUCGCAUCGUGCUCGACUCCUCCGAGCGGUGGCUCCUCAAGGCCCAGACGAAGCCGGACCGCUUCCAGAAGGCCUUUUAUCUGUCUCCGGUCCUCCUGCACGAGGUUGGGCACAGCCUUGGGUUGAAGCACAGCUCGGACCCAGCUGACGUGAUGUGGCCGUACUACAGGCCGGAGCCCAACCUGGUGUUGUCGAUGGCGGACUGCAACGCCUUGACUGCACUCUUUCGUCCCAGCAACGACUGCUGCACCCUAUCUUGA